UAGCAAAAGAUAUUAAUUCAACAUUGGAUUUUGGUUAGAUUGGUUAUUUUUGGUUGAGGUUGAAAAAUCAAUGUUGAUUCGAUGUGUUUUUACAAAUACCAUUUCAACGUUUGAAAAAAUGUUGUUGAAUCAAUGUAAUAUAGAUGCCGGUUUUUCAACGUUGAAAUUCCCUACAUUGAAUUGACAUUGUUUCAACGUGUGGCGCUAUCCCCUCUCGGGCGAGAUCCUGACCCAGCGUCGGAGGCGGGGUCUGGUUCUUUCCUAUGAGAGCUGCUGUGCAUGAAGACAAAAUGGCCCAAGUUUUGAGAGAGCGAAACGUCACAGAUUACCCGUCAUGCCUGUUGCACAUUGCACUUAAUCUUGAAAGCACGUUGGUCACGUGAAAGAGCGUAAGAGGGUGUGGAGGAAGGCAGGCAGUUCAGUUGCCGCCAAGCCGCCUGAAGAGAAGAGACAGAUAUCACAAAUCGGAUUAUACUACAAGACGAGUCAAGGGGAUCACUGCAAUACACAAGGCCAAGUAAAGUAAUUAUAGCAGUGCCACCUCUCUUUACCUAAGAUGGCUUCUUAUUGGUCUAAAAGACGUAGAGUCAUCAGAACUGUAAGGGACAUGGAGAAAGAUAUCCUUAAGGAAUACGAGGAAACUCUUUAUAAUAACAAGUCACAUUUAGACCCCUGUGUGAAUAGGGAACCACCCUUCAGAAUCUCACACGUUUCCCAACUAGAUACACCACUAGCUUCCCAUGUACACAUGGAAAAUGAUCAUACUGAUGGUAGUUUAGCUGGAGAUGAUGAAGUUGAAUCAGAUCAUGUACAAAUGGGAAAUGAUCAUACUGAUGGUAGUGUGGCUGGGAAUGUUGAAUCAGAUUCUGACUCCGACAGCCAUGACGAGCAUCAGCCUAGUCAGGAUCUGCUUAUGAGGAGCCUAAGAUAUUGGGCAACAUCCUACUCAAUCAAUCUGGUUGCUUUGUCUGCUCUGCUGUCCAUCUUAAAGCUUUUUCACCCUAUGCUCCCUAAGGAUGGAAGAACUCUGCUUAGAACACAACAUGAUGUUGCAACCACUCAAAUGCAAGGUGGCGAGUACUACCAUUUUGGAUUGGUGCAAGGGAUACUUUCACGAUUGAAAUGUUUGAGUUUACCAGUGAGCCUCAGAACUCUUACUUUACAGUUCAACAUAGAUGGUCUCCCUCUCUUUAAGAGUUCAAGACUUCAAUUCUGGCCUAUACUUGCAAUUCUGAAAUGUGAUUAUACUAAGUCCCCAUUUAUUGUCGGUAUCUUUUGUGCUUUAAGCAAGCCCAAGUGUGUUGUUGAGUAUCUGCAGCAAUUUAUUAGCGACCUUAAAAAUGUACUGGCUAAUGGCGUUGUUCAUAAUGGUAACCGAUUGAAAGUACUGGUUUCCUCAUUUGUGUGUGAUGCUCCAGCCAGAGCCUACGUUAAGAAUAUCAAGUCACAUAAUGGCUAUUCAGGGUGUGACAAGUGUGAUCAACAUGGUGUGUGGAGGAAGAAAAUGACUUAUCCUGAAACAAAUGUCAGGCUCAGGACAGACUCAAGUUAUUGUGAUAUGAUUGAUGAAGAACAUCACUUGAAACAGACACUCAGUCCUUUAACAGGGACAGUAAAGAUGGUUUCUUCAUUCCCAAUAGAUUAUAUGGCACCUCUGUUGUCUUGGUGUGAUGAGAAAACUGUUGAAUAUGUGGUUAAAGGGCAAUCUAGCCACUAGGCUUCCUUCACAAACUGUUAACAGUAUAUCAAGCAAACUGCUGGGGUUACAUUCCCACACCCCUUGUGAAUUCAAUCGCAAGCCAAGGGGUUUGAAUGAGCUGGAUCGUUGGAAAGCUACAGAGCUCCGAUCCUUCAUACUGUACUGGGGCCCUGUAGUUCUGAAGGAUUGCCUUCCCAGUGAGAUUUAUGACAACUUUAUGUUGUUUUCAGUGGC